AUGGAGGGACGCCUGGACGCGGCGUCGCAGAUUGGCGGUCUGGAUGAUCCCGUUCCCGAAGGCGCUACGGACUGUUUCCCGGUCCUGGACUGCUCCGACGGCCUGCCACAGGACGUUCCGCGGUGGCAGGCGUUGGACGACGCCGUGAUGGGCGGCGCCAGCAGCAGCGGCAUCACAUACGACCCGGAGGCGAAAGCCAUCGUUUUCGGCGGCAACGUGACUUCGGCGUUUAACGGCGGGUUUGCCAGCGUGCGCUCGCUGCCCUGGGCGGGCUGGGCGGAGCUCAGGCGCGGGGCCGGCGUGCGGCUGUUAGUGCGCGGGGACGGGCGGACGUACAAGCUAAAUGUCAAGGCUGACGACACGUGGGACGGCGUCGCAUACCAGGCCGACUUCGAAACCACCCCGCAGCCCCCUGGCGCAUGGCAGACAAUCGACAUCCCCUUCUCGGAAUUCCUCCCAAACCUGCGGGGCCGCGUCGUGGGCGGGCAGCCGCCGCUGACGGGGGGCCGCGUGCGGCAGGUCGGAUUCAUGGUCUCAAAAUUCGCCGCGUCGGGCGGCGUCCUGCCGGGCUUCAGGGAGGGCGGCUUCUCGCUGGCGGUGCGCGCGGUGCUGGGGCUGCCGGCGGGGCCGCGGUGA